UUAAGGUGAAAAAAAAUAAUUAUUAUUAUUUAAUUUUAAGUGUAGUAUAAUAAUAAUUUAUGAUACAUUGAUUUAAAUUGAUUAAAUAAUAAAAUAUAUUUUUAAAAUGUCUUUAAAAGUUUUAAAAAGUGAUAAAUUUAACUUUAAAUAGGCAAUAAUGAAAAGUUUUUUGUGAUUAUGGAUGGCCUUUGUCAAAGAACAAAAUUCCUGCGGUCGACUAAUGGUAUCGACCUUAAACAAAAUUGGAAAAUGAUCCUGGGUAAAAGCGAACCAGGAACACCAUAAGAAAAGAGAUUUAAGUAGCAGAUGGAUUCUAUUCACACAACUUUAUUAUUUUUUUUUUUCUUAUAAUAAUAAAAUUGAGAUUGAAAAAUUAAAAUCCCAAGUAAAGCUGUAAUUAAUUAAAUAAAUAUACUUUAAUGAUAAAAAUGAUUAAAAUGCCGGUCGUACGUCGUGAUACGUACUUUGUGGCAAAGCGAACGAGAAAGUGGUCAACGGGAUGCUGCAUACUGUUAUGCUUGGAUGUGGACCGGGACGUGUGAGACGUGAAAAUUAUCCCGGAUUUCAUCCAGAUCAUCGUGUCACACGAUUCAGGAUGAACCGGGGCGAGCAAGAGACACUGUUUAGACAGAGUCGACAGCUUACCAGAAUAGUACCGUCCCGUGAGGAUUUAGUGCUUAGCGUUCUUAAAGCACCUAUAAAUCAACAACAGCAGCAGCAGCAACAACAACAACAACAACAACAACAACAACAUCAACAAUCAUGUAAACAUCAACAGUAUUUACAUAGCCCGCAGGAUCAUCAUAUCAACUGCCAAGCACAUCAAACCUAUCAAACUCAUAAUAAAAAAUGCCCUCAUCAAGGUCAGAUUUACAACGAAAGUCUUCCAAAGCACAAAACAGAACAACAGAGUACUCGGUUAACAGAAAAACGAUACAGUGCAGCUGCAGCUUAUGCCGCUCUCCAGGGUAGUGAAGAUGAACUAGUAUCUUGUGAUACUACUGAGGAUUUAGCAUUAAAAACACCUGGUAGUGAAACUGAGGAUACUGAUAACGGUGUUAAUACUAUUGAUGAAAAUCCAACGGGACAUAAAUUCACGUUUUUACGACGUUUUCGUUCCCCCCGAUUUGGCGAAGCUCAUCAUAAACGUGUACCCACACCAAUGAAGAGAAAGCAUAGAAGAAAAAAAAACAAAGGAGACAUUAUUAGCAGAAGUGACGAUGGUAAUGAUGUAGAGGGAGAGGAAGAGGAAGAAGAAGAAGAAACACCGAUUCCUGUUCAAGCUGGUGUGCCUGAUCCUUACUAUCCGAUUUAUUUGCCCAUUGAUCAGGCAUUUAAGGCUAAAUAUGUUUUUCAUCAUAAAAAAGGAAAAACAUUUCAAGAACGGCUUUACGUAUUUCUUGAGCAUCCUGGUGGAUGGAUUUGUUUCGUUUAUCAUUUUACUGUGUUCAUGGUGGUAUUGGUGUGCCUCAUAUUUAGUGUACUGUCAACGAUAGAACAAUAUAGUAAUUUUGCAAACGAAACUUUGUUUUGGAUGGAAAUAUGCUUGGUUGUAUUCUUCGGUGUCGAAUAUAUGAUAAGAUUAUGGAGUGCGGGCUGCAGGUCAAAAUAUAUGGGAUGUUGGGGCAGAUUACGAUUUAUACGCAAACCAAUUUGUAUAAUAGACUUAAUCGUUGUCGUGGCGUCAAUUGUCGUCCUGUCAGUUGGAAGCAAUGGCCAAGUUUUCGCAACUUCCGCAAUUCGUGGUAUUAGAUUUUUGCAAAUUCUGCGAAUGCUUCAUGUCGAUCGUCAAGGUGGUACUUGGCGACUGCUUGGAUCCGUUGUAUUUAUUCAUCGUCAGGAAUUGAUAACGACACUUUACAUUGGAUUCCUGGGUCUGAUAUUCAGCAGUUACUUUGUAUAUUUAGCUGAAAAAGAUGCUGUGGGACCUGAUGGAAAAACUGAUUUUUCUAGUUAUGCUGAUGCCCUUUGGUGGGGUGUGAUCACCGUCACAACAAUAGGUUAUGGAGAUACUGUACCACAAACGUGGAUGGGAAAAAUAGUUGCUUCAUGUUUCAGUGUCUUCGCUAUAUCAUUUUUCGCACUUCCAGCAGGAAUACUUGGCUCGGGUUUCGCGUUAAAAGUACAGCAGAAGCAACGUCAGAAGCACUUUAACCGGCAGAUACCAGCCGCAGCAAUGUUGAUCCAAUGUCUAUGGCGUUGUUAUGCUGCUGACAAAGCCAUCAACAGUGUAGCAACGUGGAAUAUUUACAUAAAGGACCCAGCACCUAGUGGUCAACCCUCGACACCACUUGGCAAGUUGAUUUGUGUAAAGAAGAUGUCUCUGAUGAUCCAGGUGGCUAAAAAGGCGAGCGUGCUGAAAAGAAGAAAAUCAAGAAAUCGAAUGGAGACGCAAAGCUCGCAGACUCCUACUCUUCCGUCAAUCAUGACUUCAGGAUCUGGAACAGGAGCCAGUACUCAGACCGAAAAUCAACGAAUUGACAAUGAGGGUGACGUUGUUUUUUAUAUGGAAGAACCAAAAGCUGGAACACCCAACAGAGCUCGUCGAGACAAUAGGGGCAGCCUGUUUACAUCACAAACUAGUUCGGUGACAGAAGCUGCCAGCGACGAGAUCGAUAUUGACAUCGACGAACCCCAGAGGGUAACAACGCUCACUGAGGCGCAUCGAAACGCGAUAAGGGCCAUCAGAAAGAUCAAGUACUUUGUAGCACGUAGAAAAUUUCAACAGGCGAGAAAACCUUAUGAUGUCAGAGACGUAAUCGAACAAUACAGUCAAGGACAUUUAAAUAUGAUGGUGCGAAUUAAGGAGCUACAGAGGAGAUUGGAUCAGACCCUGGGUAAACCAGGCAGCUAUCUAGCGGGAAUCGACCGGGCUGGCAAUGUGAAACCCAUGACGAUCGGCGCACGCUUGUAUCGCGUCGAGCAGCAGCUGGCAGUAAUGGAUAAGAAACUUGACCAACUGGUAUACGUAUUAAACGCGAUGGCUCAAAAACAACAAAUACCACUGAGAAGUAUUGAAGACGAGGUGUAACAAAUGCCCCAACCUUUUUUAUCAACUUUUCCUACUCUACCAUCAACAUAAAAAUCAACAUCAACAUCAAUACAAAAAGCAUAAAUUUUAAUUUAAAUACGUAUCCAUUAUAUUAUAAAUUAUUAGAGUAAGCUUUGUAAAAGUUGACCGUGUCAACAUAUUACACAUCAGACAUAUACUGUUAUGGUGACUAUAUAUUAUAUAUAAACCGAUGAAAUCGUCAAGUACAAGUUUUAACGUAAAGGGAUUUUUGUGUGCAAAGGGCAGACUUCUACGACGGUCCAUUUAUACCCAAAGCUCAUAAUAGCUUUUUAGCUUUCCUCUAACGUGGCUGGAUCCUGGAUCCAGUCAUCUCAGCCCUCCAGUUAGCUAAAUCGACUAUCCAUAUUAAUAAUUAAAUAAUCACACUCAAAUCAAAGUUAAUAUUCAUUUAAAUAUUUUUAAUUAUACCCAAUUAAAUACAUAAAAAAAAAAAUUGUUUUAUUUCGUUAAACGAUUUAUACGCACAUAUACUUGAUAAUUUACGUGUAUAAAAAUAUUAUAUCACGUACAGUGUAUUUCAGAAUUCAGUGUAACAGGAACAAAAAAAUAUAUAAAUAAUUAAUAAUAAUAAUAAGCAUUAAUUAAUUAAAUAAAUUCAUAUAAUUAUAACUCGAUAAUCGAAUCGUCCGUCAACUUUAAUUAUAAUAAUAUUAAUAACAAUUUUAU